AUGCCCACGAGCACGAGAGCCACGCGGUCGCGAUUUUCCAGCCCGCAUCAGCAUGCCAAUGGAGGAGCGGAAUCGGGGAAGAAAACGAACGGGUCGAGCGAGGCCUCGAGGACAUUCAUGCAGAAAUGGUUGGAGCCGACGGUGCAGAGCAAGCCGAGCUUCGAGGAGGCUGGGUUGGUGCGAUACGGCGUCACGGAGAACAUGGCACCCCUCGGGACCCUUCCCAAGGCACCGGCGACGAAGAAGCAGGGCCAGGACGGCGCGGGACCCGUCAGGAAGAUCAUUCUGAAGUCGAGCUCAGCAAAUUCGGCUGCAGCAGCGGCAAGCGCGCCGGCAGUAAAGCGCUCAGAGACACCACCCCCGUCCCUCCCCUCCCCUCCUGCUGCGGUCCAGAAACAGACCAGGAAGUCUCUGCCUGCGCGUGGUGCGGAAGACGACGAAGAGGACGAGGACUACACGCCCAAAGUAGCCGCGGGAAAGGGUCUGGGUCGUCGUGCAUCGGCCUCGCAUUCACGGAAGAGUCUGUCGCGCUCCUCAGUAGGCCGCUGCGCAUCCUCGUCCGUCCAUCAGAUGGCGCCCUCUAGCGACGCCGUGGAGCCUUCAGAGUCGACGCCCGAGAACAAGGAGAUCGUUGAAAGGGCCGUGGAGGUCGCGGUUGAGGAGGCGCUCCGGCAUUAUCGCUAUCCCACUGCGUGGGCACUCCGGACCCUCUACGACGAAAAUUCUUCCAACCCAGCUUUUCUGUCCAUGUUGGAGGACGUUUACCACCAAACAGCCGACGAAGACACUCUGGACGAGUUUUCGCGCCUUAUCGAGGACAAGAAGAGAGAAGGCAAGAAGGACAACCAGGCCUGCUACUAUUUCGUGCCCCCUUCCACCAACGCGCGCUUCACCCCUCACAAGCCAAAGCCGGCACCUUACGGAAAGCUUCUCUCGCUCGACCUUGCCAAGUCAGACGAUCAGGAAGUUACGCCGACCAAAAAGCCCGGCCAACGCAGGAAAGCACCGGAAUCCCCCGUUGACGACGUGGACAUGGACGACGAAUCUACUCUACUGGCAGCCGAAACGACAAUGGCGGCCGCGACACCUUCCCGCAGGCGCGCCCGGAGAGACUCAGCAAGCAGCGACUCGUCGUUGUCGGAGCUUUCUGCGUCACCUUCGCUGCCACCCGACUCGCCUUCUCCCAGCUCUCCGCCCGUUCCCGCGGGAUUUCAGCAAGGGAACAGCCACAGUCGCCGUCACAGUGCCACGACGGCUGCCACGGCUGCUGGGGCCGACACCGACACCACCUCAACCAGCGCACCACCGCCAAUCAACCUCCAGCCAAUGAAGAGACGCGGCAGAUCCCUUGCUACUAAGACGAGCGUGUCUGACGCAUCCAACCCAAAUUCACCCACCCUCCCCCCAAACGUAUCUCAAGCUGCAGGGGCUAGCAACAUGCCUGGUCGACUUUCUUCGCCCAUCUUCCCCAACCUUUCGACGACGGCAGCACCAUCCAAACCCGCUGGCAAGAAGAACGCCAACAAGGACAAGGUUCCCCGUGUGUUGCCCAGCGACGAUGCAACCACCGCACGCAGAAGAAAUGCACGCGAUAGUACCAUCAGCCAGACGCCCCAGCCUGAGAGCCACAUUCGCGGAUCAGACAUGAGAAGCAGGGCCGAUUCCGUGGCUGCCUCCUCGCCGGCGGUGAAUUUGCGCAAGUCAACUCGGACGCCCGCUCCCAACCCGACUCUCAUUCUCAGCCUGAGCACGAGGACCACGAGAUCAGCCAAAAGGACACACGACGAGAUUGACAACACCAGCUCUCCGACCGCCCCGUCAUUCUUCGAAGACGUCACGCCCACAGCGAGCUCUAGGGCUGCGACGCCCACGAACCUCCGUCCAACCAAGAAGCAGCGAACUGGUCUGCGCAUCAAAACCUCACCCAUGAAGAAGAAAGGAGGCACUGCGGCUGGUGUGCCCCGAGCUAGCGGCGAGGGCGGUGCAUCCAUCGCCAAUGGAGGACCAACAAACCAGGACGAGAACGACGAUUACUGCUCGGCGUGCGGUGGUGUUGGAGAGCUGGUUUGCUGCGAGAACUGCUCCAGAUCGUUCCAUUUUGAGUGCGUCGACCUUGGCCUGGGCGAUACUCUCCCCGAGGAGUGGUUUUGCAACGUCUGUUUCAGCAAUAGAUACCCCACCAGGGUGCCCGAACACAAGGGUCCCUUUGGCGGUUUGCUGAACAGUCUGGAGAAGACCAACCCCCAAGCCUUCAAGCUGCCACAGCGUGUUCAAGUGUACUUUGAGGGCGUCAAAGUUGGUCCCGAGGGCGAGUAUGAGGAUAUUGUGGUGCCGACAAAGCCCAAGAAGAAAGGGUACGAGGAAGCUCCGGACUUCUUCAAGGUUCGGGACGCCGAUGGCUCCGCUGUCCUCUGUCAUAACUGCCAACAUCCAGCGGCCGACAACCGUGCCAUCCUUCCCUGCAGCCAAUGCGGCCUUUACUGGCAUCUGGACUGUCUCGAUCCUCCACUGGCAAUUCCGCCUGUACUGCGGACAUGGCGUUGCCCGAUGCACGUAGACGAUUUGUUGGCCGAGUUGCCCAAGGAGCUUGCACCGGCUCACCGCUUCCGGAAGAUCAAAGGAGCCCCGGUCAUCACCCCGGCUUUCAGCCGCGGCAUGAAGAACAAUGGCGUCAUUGAGAUCGAAGAAGAGGAGUCCGAGGAAGAAGAGACAGGCUGGAACGACGUGAAAACUUUCGGACGUGUCUACAAGUUGCCCGCCAAGGGCGUCGUUCUAGACUUCAUAUCUCAGCUUCGGAAGGACGGUGCGGGCUACAUCAACGGAUUACCGUCUCCAGCCAAGGCUCAACCACAGCCAGUCACAGCGCCCCUGGACACUCGUUCGCGUGCAGAGCAGCAGACAGUGCUCAACUUGGUUGAAUUGGCGUCCAGCCAGCCGACCACCAAGCUCGAUGACCUCACGCAGGCCCUGUUGUCGGCUGCCGACCCAGCUAUGCUCUCGCUCAUGGCGCGCGGUAGUGCUGAGAACUUCGCCAGUGGUGAGAUCAAUACCGCGGACAAGCAGAGUCUCCGAGCCAUGCUGGCUCAGAUGGAGGCCAUGUCGGACCGCAUCAGAAGCUUGCUCGCAGCCGGCCAACCGGACACUGCUGUACACGACGCAGAGGGCGACCACACCGUAACCGAUUAUAACAAUACCGAUGGCACUGAGAGCGCCGAGGGCGACUCGUCCUCGAUCAAGAACGAGUCUGUAGAGCCCCUUGCCGACCUGCCUACGCCUGCGACCACCACCCAGGACAACCCUGAACCAGUCAAUAGCCUAGGCGAGAAGUCAUCUCAGGAAGUUCCCAACGACAGGAACGAGGACGACGUGGCCAUCAUGGAUAUUGAUUAG